AUGCAAUUGAGCAAGCAUUCCCUCAGACAAAAGUUUACUUGUGCCUUUUCCAUCGAAAACAGGCAUGGGGAAGAUGGUUGGAAAAAAAAAAAAAAAAAAAAAAAAAAGGAUAAUCUACGUGUACCAAAUGACAUGAAGACAUUUCUGGAUAUGUGGCAAGAAAUUUCAGAAUCACCAACAGAGAGAGAAUUUAGAGAUUGCGUAGAAGAGUUGCGAACGCAUGAGGUUUCUCGGAGAAACGAGCGUGCAUGGCCAUACUUUAAACAGCAAUGGCUAACGGUAUGUGAAAGAUGGGUGAAAGCGUAUGAGGACAAGGGCAGAUUUGCAACCAUUGACACUACAAAUGGAGUUGAAGCCAUGAACAAGGUUGUAAAACAUUUUUUCCUUAAACACAAUUCAGACAGGACUUUAACUGGGGUUACUAAGGUUAUAAUAAACCAGUUUCUUCCAAGCCUAAUUAGAAAGUACUGUCUGCAGAAUUCUGCCAUCAAAGCUUAUAACAAAGAUGUUCCACUGUUUUUGCAUAAAAAAACAAACAAGUUUUUGAAACAUGUCAUGCAGCAAUAUGCAUCAGCAAAAGUUGAGUUAACCACAAGAUCAGUGAGUAGGAGAUCGGAUGGUUCAUUUUGUGUGGAGAGUGCAAAGUCCAAAAACUGUAAUUAUGUUGUAAACUUUGAUAUACCAGAUUGCACAUGUGAAGAUUUUCGGAGAUAUAAAUACCCAUGCAAGCAUUUCUAUGCAAUCUUUAUUUUUUACCCAGAGUGGGGUUUUGAUAAAAUGCCAGAAAGUUAUAAGACUAGUCCAUUAAUCUGUCUUGAUGAAAUGUAUGGGGUGGGCUUUAGAAGUGGCUCUUCAGUAAUUUCAUAUGAAGGGAGUAGUAGUGACGAAGCUGUUGAGGAGGCAGUUGAAGCAGCUGAGGUUGAGGAGGCUGUCGAGGUUGAGGAGGCUGUCGAGGUUGAGGAGGCUGUCGAGGCAGCAAAUACAGAUGGUCUUGUUCAAACCCAGAAUAUUCCUUUGCAUCAGUUUGCAGCAAGGUGUAAACAGAUUUAUAAUCUCACAUACAACUGCAGCAACAGUGAAACAUUACAAAAAGUACAUGAAUCACUGAGCAACUGUGUGCAAGAUUUGCAAUUAGCAAAUCCUGAAGUUGGUGGUCUCCCAUUAGCAGUGCCAUCAACUUCCAAACAAUAGCGAAGAAUGAUGCCAAAAGCCUUACAAGAUCUGUCUUAAACACAUUAUAACUUUCCAUUUGAAGGGUAAGAAAUGACUGUUUAUUUGAAUUUUAGAUAGCUCUUUGUCUAUGUAAAAUACAAGUAAGCUCCAUCAUUUCUGAUCCUCAAGAUGGAAUGCUAUGAGGUCUUUAUGUUGGUCUCUGAUUUUAAACUUUGUUGCACAUUUGAAUUUCGAAGUAUCAAUAGAUAAAAUAUUAUAAAAAGGAUAGUUGCUACAUUUGUGUGUGUGUUUGUGAGUGAGUGUGUGCGCGCACGCUUUUGAAAAGGCCCUUGUUGCCCGAGAGAUAAGUCCGACAGUCUUUUUGUUGUGCCUUUCUGUGACUCAGCAUCUUCACUAUUUGGUGAGCAGCAACAACUAUCCUUUUCAUAAUAUUGUUACAUUCCAUCCUGGAUUCUUCAUUGUUCAUCAGAGAAAAGAUUUUUCUGAGGAAUUAAACUAGAUGGUAGUGUAGAACUUGCGAACUUUUUAAAAUAUGAAGAAAAAGAUUUUAACUUUAAAUUAGGUUAAUUCAAAUAUGGGACAAUGUUGAGAGUUGAAAAGGUGGAAAAAAUAAAUAAGAUAUAUCUUAGUGGCAUUGAGAUGUUGUAUGACUGAUGGAGGAAAGAUUUUGCAUUUCUUUUUCCAAGUAAGAAUGCACUUGCUCUCACUUGCUUCAAUACAUGUCUAGUGAUUCACGUGAAACAGAGAAAAAGAUAAAGACUGCCAUGUUAAUGAACAUGUGAGAUUGCCCAGUAUCACUCUGACAGAAGAGUAUAGUGUUUCCUUGAUAUGGUAUCUGGUCAGCAAUGUCAUUGGGACCAAAUGAAAGUUACUGCAGAUACUACACAGAAGCAAUUAAUGUUACUGGAAUACCAGUAAUGUUUAUUAAAUUCAGUUAUAAAGUAGUUAUGGGCAUUGCAGCUGGUGAGUAACGUCAUCGGGCACCAAAAGAAGUUCAGUUAUGAUGGAUUUCUGGCCUUCAGUCCAUGGGAAAAUUCACACCAGAUUGCAUCAAGACUGUUAUAUUCCAAGGAUAUCUUGGAAGAUUGAUAGUAUUCCUGAAGUUAAACAAUCCAUAUAGUGUUUCACGUGUGUAUCAAAUUGCCAUUUGUUGUGGCUCAUAAAUGUUUGCAACUUGAUUGUAAUUUUUGAACGGUUUCUCAACAAUCCAAGAAUUUCUUGUAACGAGAAGUAGACAUUGUUGCUUGGUUAAAGGAAAUACAAAUCACGGUCAAUACAACUACUUAAAAAUUAAAAUGUGUGACAAAGUUUGCUUACAGAACUUGGCAUAAAGAUCUCCCUUAUUUUUAUUUUUUAGAUAGCUCUUAUUGUUUGAUCCUUCAAAUGGAAUGCUAUGACCUCCAUGUGAUCUAUUCCUUAGUAGUUAAUUAUCCAUUAAGGCACAAAUAUAUGAACAUUACAAUGAGAGGGGUCUUUAUGCCAGGCCCUGUAAAAGUAAUGGCAUCUUACUUAAUAUUAUUGUUGGGAAUUUGAUGGCACAGCUGUGGGGAGACCACAAAUUUCAGGGUUUGCUAACUGCAAAUCUAGCACACAGCUGCUGAGUGAUUCAAGUACAUAAUGUUUCACUGUUGAUACAGUUGUAUGUGAGAUUAUAAACCUGUUUGAACAACACCUUCACUUCAAAUUGCUGCAAAGAAAUGGUUAAGGUAUCAGUGUGAUGCUCUAUAUGUGUUUCCUCAACUGUGUCCUCAUUGCUACUGUCUUCAUGUGAAAUUACUGCAGACACAUUUCUGAAACCAAACCUGUACAUCUCGUGAAGACAGAUUAAUGGGCUACUCCUGCAACUUUCUGGUAUUUUAUCAAAACCCCACUCUGGAUAGAAAAUAAAGAUUGCACAGAAAUGCUUGCAUAGGUAUUUAUAUAUCUCAAAAUCUUCACAUGCGCAGUUUGGUAGAGCAAAGCUGACAACAUAAUUACAGUCUUUGAACAUUGUACUCUCCAUACAAAACAUUGUCCAACUUCACAUUCACUAAUCUUGCAGUUAACUCAACUUUCCCUGGUGCAUAUCACUGCAUGACAUGUUUCACAAACUUGCUUUAAAAAUAAAUAAAUAAAUGAAAAAACAGUGGAACAUCUCUGUUAUGAUUUGAUGGCAGAAUUCUGCAGACAGUAAUUUCUAAUUAGGCUUGAAAGAAAUUUAUUUCUUAUAUCCCUAGUAGCCCCAUUCAAGGUCCCAUCUGUAUUCCAUUUUAGGAAAAAAAAAAUGUUUACAAUCUUGUUCAUGGCUUCAACUCCACUUGUAAUGUCAAUGGUGUCAAAAUUGCCCUUGUCCUCAUAAGCUUCCACUCUCUUUUCAUGUACCAAUAGCCACUGCUGUUAAACGUACAGUGAUGCAUAUUUGUUUCUCUGAGAAGCCUCACUAUCUCUUCUGUAUGAUCUGUUAAUUCUCUGUUGGUGAUUCUGAAAUUUCUUGCCACAUGCCCAGAAAUCUCUUCAUGUCAUUUGGUAUAUAUUCAGCCAUCUUCCUCAAACCUGUUUCAGACUGAAAAGGCACAAGUAAACUUUUGUCUGAGGAAAUGCUUGAUCAGUUGCGUUUAUCUCAGACUAUAAGAAAUCAGUAACCCAGUAGAUGGGAUUCCAAUCCUUGAAAAUGGCUAGUGCAUUUUCAACUUGAAUGAAAAAGAAAACCAAAUAACCCACAUUACUCUUUACGGCUAUAAAAAAAUAAAGGCACAUCAUGUGGUGUUGUUUUGUAUGUUGCAUAUAACAACUAUCCCUGUACUUCUUCAAAAGAUCUCUUUGCUAACAGCUCUGAUAGAAAAAAGUGAUGGUUUCACUCCUCCAUUGGCACCUAUACCAUGUUUGUAAUAAAUCAUGUGAUUGCUUUAUUCCUUGUGCCACUCGUCAGCAUGAUUCUGCAAUCUAGUCUCGUCAAACAAUGCUUUAUUUGUACAUUACAAGGUCCAAUAUGUGUGAAUAUAAUUUUUUUUCAGUGGGGUAAAACGUAGUAUUCAUUAGACCUGGUAUGUGUGUCCCAGUGAAAUUAUCAAUAAAUGUAUCUAGAGCCAAAUUAUUGGCUGUAUGAUGUCAUUCCAUCAUGCACCUGAAUUUGUAUUUCCUUUACAAACUAUUGUUAGCAUGUGUGUGUGCUGAUUUGCUGGAGAAGCAGAGAGAUAGUCUUUCAGCUAUCUUUGAGUCCGCCCCCGGUAGCCGAGUGGUCAGCGCAACAGACUGUCAAUCCUAAGGGCCCAGGUUUGAUUCUCAGCUGGGUCGGAGAUUUUCUCCGCUCAGCGACUGGGUGUUGUGUUGUCCUAAUCAUCAUCAUUUCAUCCCCAUCGACGCGCAAGUCGCCAAAGUGGCGUCAAAUCGGAAGACUUGCACCAGGCGAGCGGUCUACCCGACGGGAGGCCCUUGUCACACGACACCAUCAUCAGCUAUCUUUGAGACAGUUAAAGGAGGUGCUUUAGAAAUGAGUGUCCUGAUUGAUAAGAAAAACAGUUUUCAAAUUUUCUGUACAAACUGUAAACAGUUCCUCAGUUGGUGAUUGUGGAAGAGAUUGCCAUUGCUACAGUAUUGAUCCACUGUCAGGUGGUAAACCUAGGAUUUCCUUCCAGUAUGAGCCAAGUGAAGUAAAUGUGGUUGGAGAAAUGUUUUAUAUUCUUAAACUGAGUAUUUGUAACCCAUUAUGUUGGAUUGCAGUUCAUGUAUCAACACUUAAAAAUGUUUAGUUCUUCACUGAUGACACUUGAUACAAUUUCAAUUUUUUAAGGCUAUUCUGUGUAAAGUUAAAUUUUGAAUUAUCCAUUUAAGCUUAUUUUUUUCUGUGUGGCAGAUGGAUUUAUGUUCAUGUAAUAUUUUUAACAUUGAUUGUGGUAAGGUGAAUUCAUAUGUAA